GGAAGAAAAUGGCUCACGCUCUGGAUCUGUUUGACUGCUCCAUAUGUUUAGGGUUACUGGAGGACCCAGUGAGUACAACCUGUGGACACAGCUACUGUAUGAAAUGUAUCAAUACUUUCUGGGAUACAAAACAAGACAAUAGCGGAAAAUACAGCUGCCCUCAGUGCAGGCAGACUUUUAACACAAGGCCUGUGCUGAAGAGGAACACGAUUCUGGCUAACCUGCUAGAGAAACAUGAGAAGACAACCAGACAAAGAGCUGCUCCUUCUGCUGCUGCUUCUGAUGAUGACAUUUAUGCUGCACCUGGGGAUGUGCUGUGUGACUUCUGCACAGGGAGAAAACGUAAAGCUCACAUGUUCUGUCAGGUAUGUUUGGCCUCUUACUGUGAAGCCCAUCUGGAACCUCAUUUUCAGGUGCCACCGCUACAAAAGCAUAAACUGAUAAAAGCUUCUCCAAGGAUCAAAGAAAGCAUCUGUGGCCGUCAUAACAAACUUCAGGAGAUUUACUGCCGCACUGAUCGGCAGUUUUUAUGCCUGUUGUGUGCAGUGGAUGAGCACAAAGGCCAUAACACUAUAUCAGUUACGGAAGAAAAACGAGAAAUGCAGAGACACCUGGAAAAGACUAAAUGGGAAAUUGCAGACAGAGUGCUGACUUCAGAGGACAAGAUGGAAAAGCUGAUGGAAGCUGCACAGUCUAUAAGAGAUGCUGCCUGGGAGGCGUGUGAUGACUUUGAGCGAGAAUAUGAGGAACGUAUUCUUCUGUACACCCACUUCAUGAGGAAAAAGUGCUCUGAGAUGAGAGAGAAGGUUGGAGAGGCUGAGAAAGCUGGAGUGGACUGGACUGAAUGUCACCGCAGGCAACUGAAGCUUGAAGUGUCUGAGUUGAGGAGGAGAGAGAGUGAAAUCUGCCAGCUUUCACAAACAGAUGAUCCCAUUCAGUUUCUUCAGGGAUUCCAGGCCCUGGGUGACCUCCCUGUGCUCACAGACUCACACAGAGGACUUGACAACCUGACAAAGUUUGUCACUGAACAAAAAGAUAAAAUGAAAAAGAUGUGCGACCAAGAAAAAACGGUUCUGAAGGAUUUUUCAGAAAAAGUCAUCGUGGGAAAAAGGAAAAGGCUGCAGGAGAGAUAUACCAGGACAGAACUUCUGGACAGAUAUAAGAACUCCAAAGUGGAGGUGGAUCCCAACACCGUAGCAGCAUGUCUUCACCUCUCCGAUACAAAGAAAGAGAUAUCAUGGUGUGAGAGGGAUCAGGCUCAUCCAGAUCACCCCAACAGAUUCACCUACUUUAACCAGGCUCUGUGCAAAGAGGGCCUCAGAGGAAACCACUACUGGGAGGUGGAGUGGGAUGGUGGCAUUGUUGAGGUGGCUGUGUCGUACAAAGGCAUAGAAAGAAAGGGUUCAGGGAAAGAUUGCUGUUUUGGCCACAAUGCUCUGUCCUGGAAAUUAAUCUGCUUUCCUUCUGGUUGUACGUUCUGGCACAACAAUCUUCACAAAGGUCAAAUUCCUCCAGCUCACUCCCACAAAGUAGGUGUGCACCUUGACUAUGAAGAGGGAAAGCUGGCUUUCUACAGCAUUUCUGGGCCUGACAGUUUCACACUACUCCACCAAAUCCAGACCACCUUCACUGAGCCCCUCUAUCCUGGGUUUUCUGUUGAUUUUGGUGCAAAACUGAAAAUAUGCAAUAUCUAAUUUUCUGCAGAUUAGAAAGUUUUAACUUCAGAAAAUGCUGCACAUGUAAAAUUCUGAGAUAGAGAAAAUAGUGCAAUGUUUUCCAUAUCAAUGCAUGCAAGACAGACUUUUACAGAGGCAUAGGCUGACAAAGUGAUAAACAGUAUGUGAAUCUUUUGUUCUUACUGAAGAAUUCAGAAUCAAAAAGUGAAAAUGGACAAUUUUUUUGCCAUUAUCUGCCCUUUUUCUUUUAAAUAUUGGUAAAAAUGCUUCAAAACAUUUUGAUCAAAUGUUUUUCUCCCUUUUUUGCCUUUCAAAUAUAUUAAUUACUACUUUUAUGACCUCUUUAAUGCUGUGAUAAUAACCACAAAAUGCACAAAACAAAUGAAUAAGAGUAAUAAUCAGCUAUUUGACCACGUGGAACAGGUUUUGCUUGUUUUAAUCAUAGAAGAUUCUUAAUGUGCAAGUGACAUGGAUGCAACUGGUCACAAAUGUGGAUGGACACAAAUAUAUGAAGACUUUAUGAGGCUUCUGUCAUUUGACUAAAACAUUUUGUGUUUAACAGCACAUAUUUUUGUCUUUUUGAGCCUAUCGUGUUGUUGAGGUGGAGGACCAAAAGGAAAACAGGCCUUUUAGUUUUUUAUUGUGUUUUAUUUCUAAGUGAUUGGAACUAUUGCUCAGCUCACUCAAACUGAAAGAUUGCUUUAACUUGAAUGAUUCAAAUGAAGGACCUUGCUAAUAAUAUUCUGUUUACUGAUUUAACUAAAUAUUAUUUACCUUUUAUUGAUAAAGUAAUGUUACAGUGCACACUUGUAGUCAUGCAAAAAUAAAACAAAGUUUUGAUGACAAGCAAUUAGGGACAUGUUUGAUUAUAUGAUUAUAUAUAUUUCUUAUAUUUCAGUUCAACCCCAGAAACUGCUCGGUUACAACAUAAAUACCUUAAUUCAUCAGUGACAUUUGUGCUAGCAAUAGUAGUAAGAAAGCAAGUAAAUACCGUCUUUAAGCCAUUGAAAAACAUUUAACUGUAUAGUUUUUCAUACAAAAUAUAUAUAUUUCAAAAGCUAUGUUAAUGUUAACCGUGACAGAUUUUUAUUUAUGUUUCUAUUUACUGACCACUUGGGGGCAUCCAACAGCCAAUUUACACUAGUGGAUGUGCUCACACUUGUCAACCUGGACAGCAAGUUUUUCACUCGAUGAUGGAAAAAUCACAUUUAUUUUAGCUCUGUUUGGCUGAUGAGGGAGAUUUCCUUAUGGAAUUACAUUUGUGUCAAAAGCUAAAGCUACCCAAACUAAUCUCACCACAUAGUAAGAUCUCCUAUAUAAGAGAAAUUCCAUCAGCAGCGUCGGUCUGUAUACAGAAAUAAGACAGUAACAGAAACAAGAAUUGGUACCUAGGACAUUUUUUCUGAUACUUGACUUUAAAAAAAACUUCACAAAGUUAGAUAUAGUUAAAUAUUUCUUGUUUAAAACCUCUAUAUUAACACUUUUAUUGAACUGUACACUGAUACAAGACACAUUUUAGACCAGGAAGUUAUAAACUUUAUGUGUAUAGAUUUUUUUUAAGACUAGUGUGUAAAAAUAGAUUAUUUUAUUCUGUUGUCUUCUUUGUAUCUUCACAUUCAAGCACGUUUUCAAAGAGGGUUUGAAAAAGUGGUUAGCAGCUUUCAGUACGAUCUAUACUGUGAGGACAGCUUGAAACAUAUUAUUGUGUUGUGACUGCAAUUAUUGCUCAGCUCAGUCAAGAAAAGAGAAUAAGUGCUUUGGCUUAAAUGCCUAAAAUAAAGGACCAUUCUUGCUAAUAUAUUUUUUAUUGAGUUUAUUGUGCUAAUAAUCACCUUUUCAAUAUGGAAAUGU